UAAAGUCAAUGAAUGUGGGCGCAAGAUGAGAUGAGACUAUGAGUAAUGGGAGAUUUUAACAUUAAUAUAUGAGGAUGAAUUGAACUAAUCAAUCAUCAUAAUUAACUGCUAUAAAUACUUAUUAUCCAUGACUUUUGAAAAUUUGCUUUAUCAUCAUCACUAACACAUAAUACAAAUGGCGAGAGUUUCCAUCAUCCUCAUAAUGGCAAUUUUCUUAGCGACUUUUCUAACCAUAUCAGCUGCUGAUGAAACAAUAACAUGUAAGAAGGCUAGCGAGUUUUGUGGAGGCAUUGCCGGAUUUCAAUGCUGUGAAGGACUACAGUGCAUUCUUGAAGGCGAUUUCCCGGAUGCAGGUGGAAAUUGUAAGCCAACUACUACAACUUGUCAAGAGCCCGGCCAAUUUUGCGGCGGCAUCGCUGCAAUUCAAUGUUGUCAAGGAUUGGAUUGCGUACUUGAUGGUGAUUUUCCAGAUGCUGGUGGAGUUUGUAAGAAAAGACGAUCAUGUGAAAAGGCCGGCCAGCUAUGCGGCGGCUUUACAGGACGCCAAUGUUGUAAAGGACUCAAAUGUGUAGUGGAUGAUGUUGAAUUUCCAGAUGCAGGUGGAAAAUGUACGCGAAGUCAUUAUUGACAAGGCAAAAUCCACUGCAUCAUUUUAAAUGGGCGUGUGCUGCUUAUGUUUCACUGCUUGAAUUUGAUGUUCAUAAGUAAUUUACUACAUUGCUUGUUAAAAUAGACUGCAUACUUGAUGGUAAUUUACAUUAUCCAUUAGGGUUAUGUACAUAUUAAUUACCAAUGCAACUUUGUAUAAAAGGAACUCAUUGCUCGUUGCAGGGGAAGCUAAUGAUAUUUGUCAUGUUCUUGUUCCGAUUA